CAUUUUUUUCAAACCGAACGUCUGCACGUGUGUUUUCAUCACUUUAACUUUAAUUUUUGUAAUAAAAGCAUACAACUUUUUCCUUUUAAUAACUUAAAUUUUGAGAUAUGGAUUCGGAUAGUGACUCUAGUUUUGAUGAAGAACCUCAAGAAGUAAAAGAUUCACAACAAAACGAAGCCCAGGCUGAAUCAAACAAUGAAGAUACCGAAGCAGAAGCUGGAGAAGACAAUGAAGAAGACGAUGACGACGAUGAUGGUGAUGACGAUGAAAACGGAGAAGACGAUGUUCGUAUGCCCGUAUUGAAUCCUCUGAGUCUGAUCCGAAACAAGGAAAAGAGAAAUGCAUUGUUUAAAAAACAAAAACUUGAAAAGAGUAAACGGAAAAAGGCCGAACGUAGGAAGCGCCGAAAAGAAGGUAUCCCCGCCAAUCCAGGACACACAAUCGAAAGUCUCCGUGAACCCGAUCAAACUGCAGUGACCAACAUCGAGGACUCAGACAAUGAGGAGUUGCGUAAAGAACUCGAAACCGAUGAUUUUAGUACGUACUUCGAGGGAACCUACGAACCAAAAAUUCUCAUAACUUUCGCCGAUAAUCCAGUGACGCUCACAAGGAAGUUUGGCCUUGAAUUGUCGAGAAUAUUCGUGAAUGCUUUAGUGAAGAUUCGAAAUAAAUCAUCCGUUAAAAAAAUGGUACAGAGUGCCAUUCGUGAGGAAUUCACUGAUAUUGUUGUUAUCAAUGAGAAUCGUCGCAAACCCAAUGGCCUGCUGGUCAUUCAUUUACCCAAUGGGCCAACUGCACAUUUUAAGUUGAGCAAUGUGAAGAUCACAGAACAUAUGCGUCGUGAUCACAAAGAAAUAACCAAACAUCGUCCAGAAGUUAUAAUGACAAAUUUUACCACUCGACUGGGUCUUACUGUAGGACGGAUGUUGGGAUCUCUGUUUCAUCAUGAUCCAGAAUUCAAAGGACGUCGCGUUGCAACGUUCCAUAAUCAACGUGAUUACAUAUUUUUCCGACACCAUCGAUAUGAAUUCGCAAAACAAGGUAAAAAGGCUAAGCUUAGGGAAUUGGGUCCACGAUUCACAUUGAAAUUGCGUUCCCUGCAAGAAGGAACAUUUGACAGUAAAACUGGUGACUAUGCCUGGAUUAUUUCUAACAAACGACAUGCAAUGGAAUCAAGAAGACGUUUCUUUUUGUAAGAAAUUUAUAUUGUAUGUUUCGUUGCCUUUUAUAUUCCUUUAAAUAAAAUAAGACCUAUUUUGAAAAA